UUUUAUCAAAAGGGACAUAUAAAACAAGUGCCGAUUUAAUAUCACCAUAAACAUAAUUUUGUAUCUGUUCUUGUAAGUAAUCUCUAUUCGGUUUGGUGAAUCUUCGGUUUGGUGAACUAGAACAACCAUACUCUUUGUCUUUAGAUCAUUGACUCAGCCUCGCCACUUCCAUGCAUACGAAAGCAGGAAACAAUCAGAAUCACUCGCCCCAAUAUUUUUAAACACAAUCAAAGCGUGUUGUUAAUAGUUUUCUAUGUCCCAUUAGGAUUAGCGUCCCUAGUGCUUCUCGCGCUUCACGGACAUAGUCAUAGAUUAAAACAGAUGGAAUAUUUUUGGAACGUUUCAUCAAUGAGUCUUAAAUUUUCUAAAUCCCUCCAGAACUACAACUACAAGAAAUAGAAUGGUGCUUCUAGAGAAGCUGAUGCCACUAGAAGUCUAAUUUGUACUCGCACCACCCAAACGUCGCAUUCAUGGUGAUCAGCUGCGUUUUCACAACAGGGUCUGCGAUAUCCUGUACGCUGAUCUAGUUUGCGUUUAGCGAAAGCUCACAACGCCCGCGAAGGGCGAAAAAGACAAAGAGGGGAAACCCUCUUGAGCUUGAACUUGGACUCCUCCACUGAAACUCAUUGACCUUUCAGGACCUACUUGCCGACGGGCUACAACUUCUACUGGUGUCUUGUUACCAUCAAGAAUACUAGAGAUAGAGUGUCGUGUGCGACAACUCUUCCCGCCCACGACGUGACGUCAAGUACGAGCUCCUGAGGCUGAGGCUACCUAGGCGGGCCCGAAGCAGCAGCAGAAAACAGGAAAGAAGUACAGACGAGUCGAAACCUUACUGGAAGUGGAGCAAGGCGUGUCAAAUACGUGGGAAAGCGCAGACGGCGAACCCAGCCCCGCAUCAGGCGGUGCCCUUGGGGCCGACGUGAAGGUGUCCUACUCGAGCUUGAACAGUCAGCGCUUUUUGCUGAAGAAGAUCCACUCAUCAUUUCAUCAGAAAUAAUGUCGCGGAGCUUGGGACCACAUCAGUCCGUGUGUCUAGCCCCUUCAUCAUUCUAAAACAGCCGCUCUAUUAAUCGUUUUUACGUCUCACACUUCAUCUCAGAAAUGAUUCCCCUCAUUAAUCAGAAGAAAAAUACAAACCGAAAGUUCAUCUCCCCAACGAACACGACAACGAUCAGAAGUAGUGAAGCGGAGCUACUGGGCUGACGCAAGUAGUGAAGAAAGUAUUCGGAACUUUCGGAAUUCAAUCAAAAUCGCAGCACGACCGGUUUAAGCGGAGGACAAAACCUUCUCAUCUCGAAGGACCACGUCAACAAGCACCAGGGGAAGCGUUCAACGAACUGUCGAUGCAAGUAGAAUCACAGCCAGUCUUACUUUUACUAGUUGUACAAGAACUACAUCAUGGGUUCUUAUCUUUCCGCUCCUGUGACGCGCAAGGAGAGCGUGGAAGGGAAAAGUGAAAGCAAUCCUUAUGUCGCGGAUUGCGCAUGUACGGGGAUGCAAGGAUGGCGCAAAAAGAUGGAGGAUGCGCACAUCUGUCUUCCUGACUUGCAACUUGCCAAUCUGAUCGAUCAAAAAGAGGAAUUACAGGUAUUUUAUUUAGCGUCGAUAUUUAUUAUCAUGGGUGAAAGUAUUUAUAUCUUUUCAGGGAAAUAAUCUUAGGCAGAUUGCCGAGUAGGUUCCCAACUCAUGAUCUAUAUCGUUUCAAGGAAAACCAAAAUUCUUGUCAUUUAUUUGUUUUUGAUGAUCGUUUUUCCAUUUCUUUAGAGGCAGGACUUCGACUUACUAGUUUCAAUUUCAGCAUUCAAUUCAUGUCCACCAAACCAAUACUUUUAUUCUGUGAACAAUGCAGGACCGAUGGAAGGGAUAUUGUCUUUUCAGUGUCUUUGACGGACAUGGAGGCAAAGCGGUAGCAGAUUUCUGCCAGAAGUUUGUGCCAGAGCUGCUCAUACGGAGAAAUCCCGAGGAUCUGGAAGCAUUACUGGUGCAGUUGCAUCACAGGCUGGAUGACCUUCUUAGGGAUGAAGGGUACUUAAAAUGUGAAUUAUCUUCUGUCACUGUGACAAUAAUUGAUGAGAUUGAAAUAAUAACCAUGAUGAAGUAGUAGAUUCAAUAUACUAUGAAGUAGAUUCAAUCUACUUCUACUUUUAUAGAUCCUUAUCGACCAGGCAUACGUAUUUAUAUGUAACAAACUAUCUUCUACUUCUAUCUCUUUCACUUACCCACAAGCAACAGCUUCCGCAACGCAUUCGGUCUCUGUGAGGGCCCGCCUGGCGGUCCUGGCGGUUUUCAUUCAACGGCAGCAACCCCUGGACGCGGCACAUCAACUCGCAGUACUGCAGGAGGAGCAUUAGGGAGAGUAGAUUUAAGGCUUGAUGUCCUAAUUGUAAUUCAUCUGAUAAAUAAUAGGAUUAGGAGCACCCAUCUAGCACUACUACUUUGACCCCCUCAAAUUUCUUCUGUGCUAGUACUACUACUUUGAACCACCUCUACUUUAUUUUAUUCUUUGACGGUGGUGGUCGUCGUCGUGGAGAGAAAACACGUCAGAGACGAGAGUCUCUAGAUUGUUGAGUUUUAGGUAAGCCCACUCUAACAGAUCCAGAUGCUACAGGAACAACUUCCGAUAGUACAGGAUCAAACAAAGCACUGACGUUACUCCAGAAAAGCAUAGAUAAGGACUUGCUGGGCGCCAAGAGUAAGGGAUCACUCACGCAGAAAGAAGCAACCAAUGUGAUGGUAAAGAUGAUGCUAUUGAAAGAACUGAAGUUAAGCAGGCGUCGAUUAUACAGAGGAAUACAUAGAUAGUGUCUUGCUGUGGUUAAUAUACAUUCAUAGGAAUACGUAGAUUUAGAUAGUGUCUUGAUGCUGUGGUGAAAGUGAAGGGUAUUGCUCUGCAAGGAAAAAUGAAGAAAGAAGAAAGAAAGAAUGAGUUCUCCAUCUCCUUUUAUAUGAAUUACAGGAUUUUUUAGGAAGAACAGUCUCAACUACAAUACCAUCUCAGAGAAGUCGGACCCAUUAACAUAACCAAUAGUAUCUUGUUGAUGCUAUGCUCUAAUCAAGAGGAAAAACAGUGCUGACAGCGGCGAAAAAGGAUCAGCAUCAGAAGAGGAGCAAAAGCGUACUAGUGGAGAACCAGGCACAUCCAAUCCAAGUAGCAGUUCCACUUCGACCGCUACGACAACAGAUGAAAACCUCAACUCCUUGGAAGAAGAUCGGCAGGAGCAAAAAGAGAACAACUCAUCUAGUUGUACCACAACAUCAUCAACUCCCACACCCACAACGGAGGAAGAGAAGCGGAGAUGUAUGCUGAGGAGUCUGUGGGACUUAGAUACGCAAUCUAGUGCCUUCAAGUGCGCCUCCAGGUUAUCUGCCAUAUCCUCUACGUCCACAGCCGCGUCAUUCGAGAACGAAGGAACAGUUGCCACUAAGUGCAAGUAGUGUAUCUUUGAGUUUGAUCUGCAUGUUGAAACGGAAUAUAUUAGUUCCUGUAGGAAAUCUUAGGCAGACUGCCGAGUAGAUUCGCGUCGUCAGUUCCUGUAGGAUAAUUAUCGCUGUUCUCCGAAUCGGUAAAUCUAAUAUCUUAUUUCCCACUUUCAAUAUCAACGUCAGGGAAAUCUUAGGCAGAUUGCCGAGUAGAUUCAGAUCAUCAUCAAGGAGAAAAUUAGGGAAAACGCAUCUGUUCUAAUCCAUCCACCUCCCCAUCGUCGAAGGCACAAGUGAUUCCACCAAGAAGUGUCUCACAUCCAACACCCUCUGUGAAACCCAACGUUGACGGCAUAGCCAGAUUUAUAGGUUGCACCGCAGUUCAAGCCCUAAUCACGCCGUCUGGAGAGGUACAUAUUUUUAGGGUCAAUCUCAUAUCAUCUACGUUGCGCGCAGGAAUUCCAAACAAUAAUACUUUUAAAUAAACCAAUAAAGUCUUUCUCUCUUAAUCAUGAAUCCAGGUCGUAGUGGCGAAUGCAGGAGAUAGUCGCUGUAUCAUAGGGAAGAGAGGGGGAAUUGCGCAUGCUCUGUUACGGCCAGCAUUGACCUAGUCAGCUCUCGGGCCAUUUGGCUACAAACCUUCUCCCAUGAUAGGCUACAACAAACGUUUUAACAUUCCGGAAAAGAAAAAGGCACACCCGCAUGCGAAACACGCUAUUAGCGCCAUGAAUUGUUGAAGCACACUCUAACUUCCUCUGAAGACCACAAACCAGAUCAGGAAAGAGAGUCCUCUCGAAUCGUUAGUGCAGGAGGGCGUGUGGAAGUCUGUAGACCUGUAGCCGCGAAUGGUCGGACGCAUCACCGAGUGAAUGGGAAUCUAAACCUCAGUCGAGCCAUCGGUGAUUUGGAAUAUAAGCAAAGGCAAGACUUGCCACCGCAAGAACAAGUAUACUACCUGUAAUUUCAAAUGGCAUUGCUUAUUAUGUUGUGUUCACAACUUCUUAGUGCAUGGAAGAAGUACUUCAACUUCUUCUUGUUGCUAAGGUCAUCCUCUAGGUAGCAGGAACAGUCGACAACUACUGUUCCCUAUUUUCAGGUUAUCGUGUCGACGCCAGACGUUGUAAGGUAUAAGAUUCAGGAGGGAGACGAAUUUCUUGUCCUUGCGUGCGACGGUGUCUGGGAUAUGAAGAUUACGGCUUGACUUUUGAUUCUCGAAGUAAGAUCAUCUCUUUGCUUGUCGUGGAUACACCUUGUGUGAGAACGAAGCAACGGCGUCCUAUCCUAUCCUACCCUAUGGUUAUCUAUAUUUUUCAUAUCAACUACAUGUCGAGUUGAUGUAGCUAGAUUUUAUUUUUGUUGAUCAAAGAAAGAGAAACAAGUACAACAAGAAUAUGAUUUCCUUCUCAACACAAACAGAAGAUCCUGCGUGCUGCGUGCACGUUCCGGGAGGGCUCGGGGUGCAGGAUCGAUAAAUAACCCAAGCUACUUAAUUACGAUCGCUUUCUAAAUCCAGCAACCAAGAGGUGGUAGAUUUCAUUCGAGGGCGGAUGCGCAAGCAAAUGCCACUGAAGCAAAUAUGUGAGGAGCUUUUGGACGCUUGCCUCGCAGACGACCCAAGAAACAGAGGUGGACUUGGAGGAGAUAACACCACAGUCAUUGUUGUGCGGCUUAAGGAUCCUCUUUCUGCUACUUCUACUGUGUCGUAACUUUGUUGUGGUGAAAAAAUGAGGUUUUCAAGAAGUAGUUUGUAACCCUAAAUGUAUUCUUACAAGUAGUUCCCUAACCCUAUACCUAGACCUACAAGUAGAUUUCCGAGUCUAACUAUCGUCGUGAACACUAACAAAUACAGGAACGCCAGUGGGUUGUAUCAAAUCUUCCUACAUCCAAAUCUAAUCUAUCAGUUGAACACUAACAGGAGCAAGACCAUUACCUUGUAGCCUGUCAGAGAAGUUCAUACAGAGGACGCCUUUUUACGUAGCUCGCAUUGUAUAGAACAAUCAAAGGCAGAUACGUACGGUUGUAGGAAUGUUAGUUUCAGGUAAGUAAGAACAUGAAAAUGUAUCAUAGCAAACGAACAAGCAGUAGCUGUACCUGUAGCGGUACAGUGUGUAUUAAAAGCUACCUGAAGUAGGAGGUGAGAAGGGCCAGUACUUGAUGCUCAUCUUCUAAAGAGCUCCCGCCAUGUGAAGAUUUCAUGAGCUAUAUCUAGCAAACUGGCUCUGGCUUGUCGAAAGCACUCAUAUUUAUAAACAACGAACUGAGACAGAGACUGGCAAGGUGCUUGAGUGAGCAUUUUUGAGCGUGUAUUUUUACUAGAGUACCUCCAUACAACAUAGCAAUACCUUCUAAUACAGUUUCGGUCUCGUCAUCAUGUAGACCAGCUUACUACUCAGUCAAGAGUUCAUCUGGUCAUACAAUGAACUAAAACUACAGGCAGACAACUGUAACGAUCUGCAACAUCUCCCUUUCUACAUUCUUUCUGGCAGUGAGAGAGUUCUUCUUCUUUUCAUCAAUCCCAAUGCCAAUGCCAAUCGUAUCCUAGCUGCAUAGGGUUUCGACCACUCUAUUGAACAAGUCUUUCUAUCUAAUCCUUGAAAUAAUCUGAACUCGGCACGGCCACGGCCGCGUUAACUGGAUUGUCUUUCUUCCAAGUCUAGUUUCUUUUUGUCUCAUCACGUAUUUCUACACCUAAAACGAACCUGCAGAUAUCGUCAUGCAUGAAGAUGACGCAUUCUUAUCAUUUUCCCUUGCAUCUCGGACCUAAACGUGUCUUGUGUUCUUCGGAGCACGAGGACUCGCGCGAGGUCAUUUUUGCACAUUCAAGCGGAGGAAGAUCUGAACAUUUGUGACAAAACAGAUUUUUUACGAUCCCC